GAGUGCUUCAACAAAAUGACGGAUAAGAUUGAAGUUGGCGAUUUCCUAAUCGUACAGCGUCAGAAGUACACUAAGUUACAAAAGUUCAAUAAUCUAAAUACGAUUGUGAACCUGGGGAAGGAUCAAGUCGAGUUACGGCUCGCGGAAAACCAUCCCUACCAAACCACGUUUCAUUUGGUGCCAAAACAAGAACGAGGCAAGCGAAUCUACACGCUCGAUGCACUAUCGACACCGUCGGAAAUCAGAAAUUUGAAAGAGCUGCUCAUCAAGGAAAGUGGUAACGACAAUCGAAAUAUCAUUGACGAUCGACAAUCGCAGGCUCUUACGACGGAAGAAAUACUUAAGCUGCGCGAAGAGUGCGAAUCUUCGUCGGAGGUAAUCAGCAAGCUGGUAGAAAACUCGAAAAGCUUUGCUACGAAAACGGAAUACUCGCAGGAAAAGUAUCUCAAGCGAAAGGAGAAAAAGUACUUCGAGUACAUUACGAUAAGGCGUCCGUCGAUUCGACUGUUGGCUGACAUUUAUUGGCGUUUGGAUCCGGAGAAGGUGCUGGGCGUUCGUUUCGAUACGCUAUCGCAAAUAAUUUCGUACAGCGGAGUGUGCAGUGUCGGUAACUAUCUGAUGUACGAAUCUGGCACGAACGGACUGUUGCCGGCUGCAAUGCUAAACUCUAUAGGAGCGGAAACCGAUGGUAAAUUGGUACAUUUGCAUCCGGGCAACGUUGCACAAAAGCAAGCCCUUUUAGCAAUGUCUUAUCCGACCGAACAAGAAGCACGAUGCGUGUCGGUUAACAUCUAUUCUGUGUUACGACAUUUCUAUCAAACGACGGAAGUAGACAAUGGCAAAGAAGCGGAAAUAGAGCAAUUGAAGAAGGAGGUCGUUGUCGUUGCAGAUGAGCCUGCUAUUGUUGAACAGGAGAAAGAAGGAUUGAUCCAAACCGAUGGAUCGAACAAGCGCAAACAGGAAGAAAUGACGGAAGGAUCGGAUGUAUCCGCAGCAAAGCAGAUAAAACUGGACAAGCAAAAACAAUCCUGGGAGGUGGAAAAUGAAACUGCCGCAAGCAUCAUGAAGGAAAAGUUUGAUUCACUCGUUAUCGUAGCCAAGGAACAUCCGUACAGUAUUUUGAAAGCGUUGCUUCCAUUCGUCAAACCUAGCCGACCGGUCGUGAUCUUCAGUACUUCGAGAGAAAUUCUCACGGAGUGUUACGUAGAUCUCAAGACGGAAGCAUCGGUAACGUAUCUGCGUGUAAUUUCGAAUUGGAUGCGACAGUAUCAAAUAUUGCCAAACCGUACCCAUCCAGAUGUAACUAUGUCCGGGAGCAGCGGAUAUCUGCUUACGGGCUACACUAUCGGAAAUUGA